GGCAGCUUUUUGGCAACACCCUCUCUCAGCUCAGGAUUCCACUUCGGACUCAAGUAUCUGCAAACCGACACUGUUCGAUCGCGUUUUCGAGUUUGAUGCUGCUGCCACUGCCCCCCCCAGAAAGUUGCGCAUAACUUCGUGUGAUACCGUGCUUAAUUUGUCGAUCAAACUAGUUCGGACGUCAUGGCGGGACUUGCUGCCGCGAAUUCGAUUGUGGGCUCUUGCGCCUCGUUGGUUGGGGAGUGCAUUGCCGCCCCCGCCCCCGCUGCUGCCGCCUCCGUCCAGAUGGGACCUGUGAGGUGCGCCGCGAGAUCUGACGCUGAGAUCGUCAACAGGCGCUCCAUGAUCGCGGCCGCUGCUGCCUCCGUGUUGGCGAUCGCCACCCCGGCUUUUGCAGUAACGGAGGGCACACCUCAGAAGGCCGGCACGGGCCUGCAGUACGACGGACCCAAGAAGGGUUCCAAGGAGGCGAAGAAGACCUACGCCAGCAUCUGCGUGUCUCAGCCUACCGCCUCCAUCUGCCACGGUUAAGUAAUCUAGCGGUGCUGCCUAAUGUUCGGAUACUGGGAUCAAUGUAGAUCUUUGCCAAGGGAAUUGGUUUGCAGCUCUAAAUUGUAUCUUAACUCCAUUCCAAUAUGCAGCCUUGUUACUUGCAAUGUGAUCCUCAGAGUUGGUUGAUGAAUGUAUCGAGUCAGGCUGCGACCACACUGAAUUCGGCCAACCUAGUGAGCUAUUCGUCAUGCAUAAAUAUCACGCAUUGUUUGUUGACUAGUUUUUCUAGCCCUAGGAAUGCAGAAGGGUUGAAUCGAAAACCCCAUUGUGUUCUGCUUCCUUGAAGGAUUGUAAUGAGACUUGUUACCCA